AUGGGCUUAAUAUAUGAAAAAGAUGGUGAUUAUGACAAAGCACUUCAUUAUUAUGAACAAGCAUUGAAUGUGAAGAGUGCAUCAAAAUCAGAAAUAGUGACAGUGCAUAAUAAUUUGGGUUUUCUUUAUUAUCGUCGUGGUAAUUGUAAGAAAGCAAGAGAACAUCAUAAAAAAGCUUUUGAACUUGUUGAUGAAAGUCAUCCUAACUGGAUACAAAAUAAAGCUUUUGAAGAUACUGAACCAUUUUUUCUAUGUUUGUUUUUUCUUCUGUCUUCAAGUACAUUAGUUGUACUUUCAAUAUGUAUUUGA